UUUUGUUGCUUGGUUUUGGUUUUUUGUUUUUCGGAAAACUAACUGAUUUUGACGGCUUUAAAGCUUUCAAAUGCAUGGUGUACGUUACCUUAUGAAAAGUUUGAUCGUGCCACGUGCUACUGCAUUAAGUGCUGCCAGUUGCAUUCAGCGUACCUGCCAUUUAAGAACAUCUGCGAACCUCAUGGCCUCACCGCCAAAAAUCGACAAAACGACAACCGAAAUUUCGGCGGACAUAAUAGCACAGCUUGGAAAGCCGCCCAGGAUGCGUGAGAAUCCCGCAUUCAAGAAGGUCGACAGUAAGGAGUUCCACAGCAUAUUUACGCCGGAACUGAAGGCUCUGGUGGCCCUUUUCAAUAAAUACAACUAUGAGCUGCGUAUUGCCGGCGGCGCUGUGCGGGACAUACUGAUGAACAUUAAGCCGAAGGACAUUGAUUUUGCCACAACCGCGACACCGGACCAGAUGAAGGAAAUGUUUGCCAAGGAGGAGGUGCGCAUGAUCAAUGCCAAAGGCGAGAAACAUGGCACAAUCACACCGCGCAUCCACAACAAGGAGAACUUCGAAGUGACCACAUUGCGCAUAGAUGUGCGCACAGACGGACGCCAUGCGGAUGUGGUGUUCACUACCGACUGGCAAUUGGAUGCAAAUCGCCGCGACCUGACCAUCAACUCCAUGUUCCUAGGCUUUGACGGGACAGUCUAUGAUUACUUCUAUGGCUACGAUGAUGUGCAGCAGCGUCGCGUGGUGUUUGUGGGUGAUGCAGAUGUGCGCAUCAAGGAGGAUUAUUUGCGCAUAUUGCGCUAUUUUCGCUUCUAUGGACGCAUAUCAGCGGAUGCCCAAUCUCACGACAAGCCCACCCUGGCAGCUAUAAAGGCGAAUGCAGCGGGCCUAGCACGGAUUAGUGGGGAGCGCAUUUGGGCAGAGCUGCAGAAGAUUGUCGCAGGCAACUUUGGUCUCGAGCUGAUGCUUGAAAUGCAUAAUUGUGGCCUGCUGGAGCAAUGUGGGCUGCCACCACAGCCAAAUAUCGCAGAAUUUAAGCGACUCUGCGGCGACCUGAAACGCUUUGAGCAGCCACAUUAUCCCAUUCUAUAUUUGACGGCUCUGCUGCACACAGUCGAGCAGGCUAUGAAGCUUCACGAGCGCCUAAAGCUGUCCGCUUACGAGCGUGAUUUGGCGCUGUUUAUUACGCAGCAGCGGCAGCGGGUAGACUCCGAUUAUAAUACCCUGCGCGACUAUCAGAAACUGUGCCUGCAGCCGUAUGCCAAACGCGAUUAUGUUGAGCAGCUGCUGAAAUAUGCCAACAAGUUAGAGCUAUACAAUCAACUCAAGGCCUGGCAGACGCCCAACCUUCCGAUCAACGGCAACACGCUCAAGGGUUACGGCUUGGUGGGUAAGCGGAUGGGCCUCGUCUUAUCCGAGUUGCGCCUGCUCUGGGCGGACAGUGAUUUUACGCUGACAUCAGAACAGCUACUGGAGAGCUUGCCCGCCAUAUUGGAGCAACUGCAGUCACCGCCUGGGUCGCCCAAUAAAAAGCAACGCACGCAGUAAAUACUAUUUCUUUCUAACUUUUUUUUUACGAUAAAACCAA